CCUCUCGACCAAUAGCCGUGCACAUGGAUAUGGCAGAGCUUUAACGUUUCAGGGGAGAGAGGAGUUGUAUUAGAUUAGUGUUUGUAUACUCAGAAUAUUUUCCGUUAUUUAAUUGGUAAGGGCAAUGGCUUCGUUAGUUGCGGAUUACGGGACAUCUUCCGGUUCCGAAAGCGAGACGGAUGGUCCCUCUGACGACGCGGACAAUGUUUCCAAGGAAGAAGAGGAGGAAGAAAACGAGAACGAUAACGAAAACCAUAAAGAACAAGCUUCCACUGAAAAACUUCCAUUACCUACUCCAGACUUCAAUGGCACACCUACCAUGAAAACUUCCGUUUUUUCAAAUCCAUUCGUCGAAGCGGAGAAAGCAAAGAGCGCGAUAUUGGAAAAACAUGUAAAAAUGACACCAACGUUGGAUGACACUAAAAUGAUAAACGGCAAGAAGAUCUGUUGGAAUUACCGUAAAGGUCGCUGCCGAUUUGGUCACAAUUGUACAUUUGCCCAUGACUCGGACUUGCAUCGUUCGGCAGCCGAGCUAGAAGCGAUACGAGCACCGCAAGAAACUAUCAUUUGUCAAACACAGUAUAAUGGACAGAUAUCCACGAAUGACGAUGACGAAGUGGACCAAGAAAAUAAUCAAACGCACAAACGUAAAAAGAGACCAGGACUGAGUCAAACUUUAGUGCCUGGAAAGAAAGUUUUAAAAAUGUACAAAGCACAACAAGCUAAAGCAGUGGGUAGAUAAGCUUAGAUUUUUUUUUAUCGGUUUUAACCGAAGUUAGCGUAUCACCAAAGUGAACCAUUCAUUUAUUCAAAUGAAACCACGUCUAUAGAUUAAAUUUUGUCUCGAGAAUACAGAUAUCACAUUUUGUGAGAAAUAACUAUUACAUUAUAGGGGAAACAUUAUGAAUCCUCUUUUGAUUAAUAUUAACCAAACUUUUCGACUCUUUAAUCCACUUACAAAUAUCUUAACGUGUAAUGAAUUUUUUAAUGUAAAGAAUAGGUCAUUCUUCUAUCGUUAGGGCUGCAAAAAUCUUUCAUUUAGUUAAAAUUGAAGUACCGCAUUUUAAAAUGUGAUAUCCAUAUUUAAAAAUAUUGACAGAUCUACUUACGGGUUUUGAACUUUAGCAACAUUUGAUAUUUCUAACCCAAAUUGGUAUUAAUUAUGAUCAGUAGUAUUUUUAUUUUGAUGUUCAAUCGUUGGACGUUAUUUACGAAGUAUGACGAAGUAACAAGAAUUCUGCAUCUUCCAUUUUCUUUGUACCUUCCAUCGUAGGAUUGAAAAAUAUACAUUAGGGAAGAUUGUUAAGUUUCACUCCACAUAUUCCAUGGUUUCCGGUACUCUGGACAUUUUUUUGUUCAGAAUUAGUCGGAUAGAGUUGUUUAAAGCAUUAAGAAGUGAAGCCCUGAUUUGGGUAGAAUAAUGUCCACUACAAAAGUAUUUCUUCGAGACUCAGUAGUAAUACUACUAAAUGAUAAAUGAACCAUUACACUUCCAUAGUUAUAUGUAACUUUUUACAAGUUGUUCCAUCGAGUAGCAGUGAUUUUACUACCGUCGAGAAGCGUAACGACAGAAAAGACCGCCCAGCUAGUAAUCCGUUGUUCUUGAAUAACAUUUCUUCCUUAAUUAGUAGUCCGUACGUCCAUGUUAUUACAGAAAUUAUUGGAUUAUAUAUUUAUAUGAAAAUUGUUACCCAAUAGUUUCUAUUCUAGGUUGCUCCAAAUAUGUUCUUUAUAUAUUCGUUUCAAUACAUUCAAGCUAUCCACGGAUAAUUAGAAGAAAUUCAGAUCGAAUCAAGAAAGAAGCAUGAAACUGAGAUACUAGUCAUUGCGAAAGAGUAACGAUCAAGAAAGAAAGGAAGAAAAUAGGAAAUGACUUUCGCGAGUACAUAUAUGCCCAAGUACGUUAAAAAAAAGUCUUUACGGGCAUUUCGCUAGAUCCCAAGGAUUUUUUUACGAGACCUUGGGUAUUCAAAAAUGACACAAAUGAUCCGCACGUGUCAAGGUAAAUUCCACGAGAGCGGAACGAAAGAUAUAACGUAACUUAAUAUAUUCCAUCUAAGAGUUCCGAUAAAUUAUAAUGCUUCGACCGAAUGUAAAUUGAAUCGUUAACUUCCAGCAGCACUUAAACAGUGCUCGUCGAGAAAGACACGUGAAACCAUUAGUUUAAUAAAUCGCUAUAGUAUUUAUCUUUUAUUUUCUAAGGACUUAUGUUUACCGAGAUUUAUUGAAAGAACUUAAUAAACCAAAUAGUUGUAAA